GCAGAUGUGAUCCAAAAAUGGUGGUGGGAUGGAUUAUAUUAAUGUGUACAUCGAAGCUUUGACAGGGACCCGGUUCCAUCUCCGAGUAUCCCUUCAAGAUCGGAUAUUCGCCAUCAAAAUGUGGAUUCUUCGUCACGAAGGAAUUCCUGCCAGCUACCAACAUUUGAUAUACGGAGAUGUGGAACUGGAAGACGACGCUACUUUGGAGAGCUGUCAUGUGCCUGACAAAGCCACGUUGAAGCUGGUAGUUUCCAUGCGAGGAGGACCAGUUCGAAUGCGACGCAUUCCACCGUCUGGCGAAGUGGAUAUGUCUUGGCUGGAAAUGUGGGACCUACUUGACCUCAAUCAAGAGCAGAUUUGGGAUGUGGCACCCGGGGGAAAACCCGUCACGGUCUUGCUAUUUAGGGAUGGGGAGAGCGUCAACUUUUUCCGGGUCAUCGAGAAUUCAGACGGGACCUAUUCGCCUCUAUCCGAAACCCUGAACGGGAACACAUUGAGAUCUUUAUUCGCGGAAGCCGACGAUGAGUCAGCAAGAAAGGCAAUUGAGAAUGACCUGUUACGGGAGAAAUUGAACGAGCUUCGGACUAAGAUGCAAUUGAAGGGUGACCCGAGUCGCGUCCAGGCAGGGGUUUUCGAAACCAUGUCUAGGUCAUCGAAAGGAAAGCGACCUUCGGAAUCCAGCAGGAAACCUUCAAGUUCACCAUCGCCGCUAUUCAGUGUUCGUCGGACCUAUGGGACCAAGUUUGAAACGACUCGGUACGAGUCGGACGAUGAUCAGCAUGAUCCGGCGAGUCAGCGAGUGAUUCCGUUUCGGGAGCAUUUGUCGACGGCCACUUCGAUCGUGUUGACGACGACGGGAUUGAUUGACGAAAAUGACGCGUCUUCCAAAGAAAAUGAGUCGACGAGCAAAGAAUACAUGGACAAAUUGGCAAGAGUGUUUGGUGUACUGGUAAUAGCAAUUGGCGCAUCACCACCAAAUCCAACAGUGGGAAAAGAUGACGAAAGUGAAUUGGAUAGUGAUGGAUGUGAUGGGGAGGGUUCGAGGCCCAGGCAUGGGCUGCGCGAAACUAGUGAAGGGGUUCAGGUGAUGGAAGAUCAGCAGCCGAGUGAAGCUACUCUGAAGCACUUUCGCGAUGUCGGGGUGUCAUUUGAGGAAGUCUCUCCUCUGGUUCCCAUUAAAGGCCGGACGUCGACGAAGCUGGCCCGGGCCGCCUCGAUCGUGGCCUUCGCCAAGGAGAUGGCGUCUGCGGCGGCUGUCGGGGCCAGUGAGUUGCCGGGCAGGCGCCACCGGAGAUCCCGCGGAUUCGUCGGCGCCGACAGGGAAAGGAAGAGGGACAGGAAUCGGGACUGGGUUUUGUCGCGUAUCCACAUCAUGGUCCUCGCCCGGGGCGUCUUGUGCGUGGCAUCUGCAAUCGGGGCCUCUCUUUUGGCCUUCAACGACGUUGGCAACACUACCCUCUGGCUUAGUCAUAUGUGCCUACUUUCCGUGCACCAACCAGAAACUGUGAAUUUCAUUUUUCCGCAUUCUGCUGAAAAAGAUUUUGCGAGGCGGUUCGGCUCCUACGUGGUCUUGUUCACUGGGAUCAGUUACGCGCGGAAAGCCCCUCUAUUCAUCCUUUUCCUCACCUUCUUGUUUACCGGCCUGACCAACAUGGAGGAAGGCGAGAUGCUGCUUGACACUCUUCAAAACCUGGAUGGCAGUGCCCGGGCCGUGAGCGAGAAUCAGCCCACCGUGGCUGGACAAGAGGGUUACUACGAUUACGACUCGGGUACAGCACCGAUGCUUCGGGUGUGGGGGGAGGACGCCCCGAAGGCGCCGGAACCGCGCGGCGCCAGGACGCGGCGAGGGCGUGGAAAUUUGCGUGAAGGGUUAUUCGUAGGAGAGCCACCUUUUAUUUUCCAUCGGAUGAUUUCAACUGCCAUUGCCUUUCCGAAAUUUCAGAGGAAGUUGACCGACUUCAUUACUACCUUUGAUGCCUUUAUUAUGCCAAAGAAACCGGAGAAAGAGAAAAGGGAACGCAAACGAAGGCGUCGGUCGGUGGUCGUGAAACCCGGAUCCGCUGGAAGAUCUGGCAGUAGUCGAACGGGUUCUUCUUCGCACCUCCGAACCCCGCGUGGGACCCCGGAGAAGUUGCAAACGGUCCAUGGGUCUCGCAGUUCCAAAGCCUCCAUCCGUACUUCAACCGGUACUGGGCUGAAACUGCCGCCAAUCAACGCGACCACCACCACCACCACCACAGGAACUCGAAACAAGUACCGCGUGAUGCCGAAAGUCGACACGGGUCUGAGAGGUUCGAGUAACAACAAGACGCAGAAGAAAGUGAUCGGAUUGGAGACGGAAACCCUGUUGAUGGCUGCUGCUGCUGCAUCGAGUGCAGUCCGGAAGACGAGUGUCGUCAAACAAGAAACUGUCCAACAAGUGACUGAGACCGGGGCCCGAGUGUUUGGCUCUGAUGCACAACGUCCUCGAACGACCCCGAACCUGGAUUUUGGCAAAGCCUUCGAGCGGGAGAUCGUGACCAUCAGUCCGGCUUUGAGCACCGUCAGCGAACUCGGAACCAAGUUGCACAAUGAAGCCAAGGGCACGGAAAUCAUGAACAUUUUAAAUUCCAAGAGGUCCAAGUUCAAUCGGGCGAUGGAGGCUCAACGAAAGGGUGCGUUGUUGCGGGACGAGGUCAAGCCGAAGCCGCAAAAGAUUCUAGAGAUUGACCUGGAUACACCUGAUGACAGGGUUUUGGAAGCCCUGAGACGGUUGUCCAUUGGGGAAGAACGGGUCAAGUCGCCGGAGGGAAAAGUGAGACGGCCGAGGUGCUCCGUGUGUCGAAAAAAGUUGAACCUGACCAACGGGUUCGAUUGUCGGUGUGGGAAUUUGUUUUGCGGUUUACAUCGGUACGCAGAAGCUCACGAUUGCAGCUUCGACUACAAGACCGAGGGAAGAAGACAGAUCAGCGAGAGCAAUCCUUUGGUCAUUGCGCAGAAAUUGCCCAAAAUUUGAAGCCCUUGUUUUAGUGCCUUCAUUGCUGGAUGAUGAGCAUUUGGUUCCAGGCAGCGAUUACUCGUACCUGUGAUUUUGUGGGCACCGAUUUGAAAAAAAUAUUUGGGGGAAUGAAACAAAGCAGAAAGAAAUAUUUAAUAUUUGUGAUGAAUCAAAAAUGGCAAUAUUGGCGAAAUUUGUGAUGCGUCAAUCGACGUUUUUUUUCUUCUUUUUUUCUGAUGCUAGUUUUGAAAUCUUAACGUUCCAUGAAAGCAAUAUUGUAAGGUUUUGGGAAAUGCAAGCUUGUGAGCAUGAACCGAAACGAGCUUUACUGAGGAUUAGAAUUUAUGCAUUGCGCCAUUUUUAUCCACUCGCGUCGUAGUGUGAAGACUUCCGUAGUUUAAAAUGCUUCUAAUACAAACAAUUUCUUCGCACGAAAAGA